AUGCGGGCUGCCACAUGGGAACCCACGUGCACGGCAGGGUCAAGCUGUAUCCGCCCUGAUCUUGAUAUGCCACUGAGGACUGUCACGGUUAUCCGUCAACAGAUCCGCUGUAGGCAGAUUGCAUCCAAGACAGCUAGACCAACAAAGCCCACAAAGGCUGCAACUCCACAAAUCAAAUUGUCCAAGGACGAGAUUGAAGAAGCCACAGAGGUGUUUGACCUUUUUGAUUUCUGGGAUGGUCGUGAUGGCGCCGUCGACGCUGCCAAGACCGGCGACAUGUUGUACUGUCUGGGCCUCAACCCUACCAUGACCACCAUCAUGAAGAACGGAGGUGUGGAGAGGUUUGGAGAGAAGAACUACAAACUGGAGGAGUUCCUGCCCAUCUACCAGACCGUCAUGCAGAUCAAGGACACAGGCACCUACGCCGACUUCAUGGAGGCUUUCAAGACAUUCGACAGAGAGGGCCAGGGUUUUAUCUCAUCUGCUGAGUUGAGGCACGUUCUGACAUCUCUGGGAGACCGACUGACCGACACCCAGAUGGACGACAUCAUGAAGUGCACCGACUUGAGAGAGGAUCUGGAGGGCAACGUCAAGUACGAGGACUUCAUUUCCAAGGUCAUGGCCGGACCUCUCGUAUAGUGGUGAUAUCAAGUUCAUAUAAGUUAUUGCGCGUUUGUUAUUUAAUUAAUUGAUCAUUUUAGAAAAAAGACUACUGGCUUUAGCUUUUUCUCAAAAGUUCAACACCCAAACAUAACUUUCUGACACAGUAUUCAUUGUCAGUAUCUGAACUUUUAUGUCAAGCGUGACUCUGCAGAUUUGACAGGAAUGUAUUAGCCUUCCAACGCCUGUUGUUGAAAGAUGGUAAUACUUCUGCCCAACGGAUGUUAAUUUCACACUUAAGUAUCGUCUGAGCCGUAUGUGCCAAUGUUGAGUGCAUUGCAAUCAUAGCCAGAUUAAACUAUGAAUUCUAAUUAUGUUGAAGGGCAUUUCAGACGCUCAAUAUUAAACUGCUUCAUGAAUAAAUUUAUUCGAACCUAAA